CUUUAAUCCUGGGUCACACAAAGUUUAAGAGUGCUUUACAGGGGAGACUCACUUCUUUUUCCCUCAACCUUUCCAUGCUGACGGGAUGUUACGGGCUUUGCUGCUUGUAUUUUCUGUAGUUGCCAUUGCUCAUGCUGAGCUCUGCAAACCAGAUGCACAGAAUGCUUUCAAAGUACGGAUUAGUAUCAAAACAGCUUUGGGAGAUAAUGCAUAUGCCUGGGAUGCUAAUGAAGAGUACCUCUUCAAAGCAAUGGUGGCUUUUGCAAUGAGAAGAUAUUCCAGCAAGAGCACAACUCAAAUUUCCAAUGUGCUGCUCUGCAAUGUGACAGAUCGGGUGUCCUUUUGGUUUGUGGUCACAGAUUCUUCCAAAAAUGUGACAACUGUUCCUGGAAGUGAGGUAGAGGCAGCCAUCAGGAUGAACCGGAACAGAAUCAACAAUGCCUUCCUACUGAGUGACAAAACACUGCAGUUCCUGAAGAUAACCUCAACCUUGUCACCUCCUGUUGAACCCUCUACUCCUGUCUGGCUUAUUGUAUUUGGUGUUGUCCUUUGUCUCAUUGUGGCUGGGAUUAUUUUCCUCGUUGUUUCAGGGAUCCAGAAACACAAGAAAAAGAAUAAAGAGGCAACAGAGAGAGAAAAUUUAGAAGAGAAAGUUGAAGUGACACUAGAAAAUGGGAUUCCUUGUGAAGCACUGGAUUUAAAAGCAGGCCACAUUAACGGAGUCUUUGCAGCAGAUGAUGACCGGUUCACAUCCCUAUGAAAUGCUGCCACUGCUCUCUGGUGGUUUUCUGAAAGACUCCUGUGCCUGCCUUUUCUCAUCGCUACUCCUGAAUGUCAAACAUGAAGACAAGAAAAAUAUCCUUCGACGUAAUUUCCCUUGAGAGAACCUUUGUGAACCUCCAUUACAGUUCUUUUUCAUGAGCAACACAAAUAAGAAGGCCUCAGAUAAUAUCCAGGAAAGAUUUCCAGAAGAUGUGUGGCAGAACAGGGUUGGAACCUGCCUGUGCCAGGCAUCUCAUUUUUAGUGAUUAUUUAAAUAUGUCCAUUGUUUGUUUUUUUUUGACAUAAAUGUGAAACUACAUUAUUCUUGAAUGUCACGAGGGAGAUCAUCUGUCAUUGUCAAUUCUUGAUGGGUUUUUUAUCAAGCCAUAUGCAAAAGUUUCUCUGUAAAAUUACUUCUGUUUGCUGCUAUGUAGUAUGCAUUUAGAUGGAACAGUCAUCAGUGCAUAAAAGUUUUCAUUUAUUGAGAAACAAAAAAGCUUUCACAACCUCUGUAAGACCAGGUCAAAAUACCUGGAUCAUGUAUAGCUCUAGGGCUAGCAAAAAUCUGGUACUAGAAGUGUUUUUCACUUAAAAAAGUGAAAAAGGUUACGUAUUAUGUGAGCUGGAAAUUAAAUUUGCAAAACUCUGAAUUUUUUUGAAAUUAGAAGUUGCAACAAAGAUCAGAUUUUCCACAGGUGCAGUCACUGUUUUGUGGCCCAGCUCUCAAUAAAUCAUAGAAUCACAGGCCAGCCUGGGUUGCAAGGGAUCUUAAGAACAUCUUGUUCCAAUCCCCCUGUCAUGGGCAGGGACACCUUCCUCUAGACCAAGUUAUUCAGAGCCCCAUCCAGUCCAGCCUUGAACACUUUCAGGGGUGGGCCAUCCACAGCUUCUCUGGGCAAUCUGUUCCAAUGCCUCAACAACCUCACAGUAAAGGAUUUUUUCCAAAUAUCUAAUCUAAACCUGCCCUCUUUCAGUCUGAAGCCAUUCCCCCUUGUCAUGUGGCUAUGUGCCCUUGUAAAUAGUCUUUCACAGCUCUCUGGAAUUGUCUUGCUUACAGUUUUUAAUAACAAAACUAGAGUAGAUUUCCAACCUAGCCAGCCUGGGAUCAGAUGAACCUUCAUGUUUAUGUGAUAGGUGGACAGCUUUUGAAAGGAUUCAAGGUGUGAAACUCCAACUGCUAAGUUUGCUGCACCUGAUCUGGAUAAGUGAUAAAAUUAUGGCUGUCUUCAGAAGCACUGGUCAACAGAAAAGGGGAGUUCUCAGUGGGGGUAACUGUAAAAACAGAAUGGAAACGUGAUGAAGCAAAAUACGAUAUCUGCAGUCACUAAGUAUCUGCCCACAUCACUGGAGGCAGGAUUUGACCAUUAACCAUCCUGUUUCCAGUGUCAUGUCUAGAGGCAAUAUUAGAAAACAUCUUUGCUUACUAGGAUUAUUUCAUCAGACUCCUCACCAACAGGAACAGGCUUAAACAGAGUAAAAGCUGUUUGUAAAGGACCAUCCAGUGUCCUGAGGGGUACAAAGGUUUCUUGUUUCCCAGGAAGGAAAUCAUUCAGGAAAUCAUUCAAAAGGUCAAAUGACCUUUUGGCUGUAUUGAGCACCUUUGACUUGUCUCAGUACUGGCUCUUAGGACCAGUGUCAGCAGAAAGGGAGGAAUGGGAAGGAGAAGGGAAAGCAGCAGGGUGAAAGGGGAAAGCUGAGCAAGGGAAGCCCAAGGCUAGGGGAGGCAGGAGAGAGGAAGGGAAAGUACAAAAUAAAACCAUGGAACCCAGUAAUCAUUUGCAUAAUGUCUCAUUUGUCACAGUUGUCUUUGAUGUCCUGCUGGGGGGUCCCUCUGGACAAGGACUGCAUCAACUCUGUGUCCCAGUGUGUGCUGCUCCAUUCUGAAAAGGUUUAAUAAAGUUGGUUGUUAGUGAUAAUAUCUCAGUGUUUCAAAAUUAACAUCCACAACAUGUGUAUUUAUUUCUCACAGGAACGUUGAAGAUGAAGCUUGCCAGGGUUGGAGGGGAAAUAUAGAGUACAGUGUUUUUAUUACUGCCUCAGUUGUUGCUCCAAGGUCUCUCAUGCAAAGUUUUGUUGAGGUAAUUCAGAUCCCAUCAUUUCUAAACAUUCAAACUUUUCCAUUUUUUGCACGACAGAUAGCUACACCUCAGUGUGACCACAAUGGAUUGCUGUGUCUGCAGCACCUCUGCAAGAACCUGUGAGAGAUUUUGGUGAGAACAGCUUAGCAGUGCAAGAGCAACCUCAAGCUACAGAUUAAGAAUUGCUGUUUUCCUGUGUAGUACUAUAUGAUACUGAAAUAAAAUUCUCUUGAGAUGAAAAA